AUGCCGCCGCGCAAGAAGCCGCCCACCCCCGGCAGCGCGGGCAAGGGCCGCCAGCUGGGGCUCUUCGAGUCCUUCCAGCGGGACACUCCGUCCAAGCGGCGCCGAAAGUCCGCCGGCGGGGACAUCCACCUCGAAUACAGCAAGUCCAGGGCCGGAUACGACACCUUCACCGUCAAGUUCAUCGAGACGGAGGGCAAAUGCGGCGUGGGAUACGCGACGGGCGCGAACGAGGAGGACACCCGUCGAUCGGAAGCGGAGUUUGUCUCCGCGUUCGACGACCUCCUGCGGAACCAGCGCGACCAGGUCCCGCCGCACCACUUCUACGAGCGCCUCCUCUCCAUCCUCGUCCGCCCGAGGGAGGCGAUGCGAUUCGACAUCGUCGGUGAGAUGGCGGACGACGACGCAGAUGGCGGCGACGCCGACGACCCGCGGCAUCCCCCCGGCCGAGGAUCCCCCGCCGAGGACAGGCGCCUGGUCCGCGCCGCCGCGGACGUCUUCACCCGGAUCCAGCGCCAGCAUCCAACCGCGCGCGUCGCCGUCGUGGACAUCCCAGUCGCCAAUCAAACCUCGCCACGUCGCGAACCCGUCCCGUACGUCGAGUCAUGCGACGCCACGUGGACGCCGUUGGACAGCGAUAAAAGAGCGGGGUCGAGCGCCGACGCGCACGUCGAUGCACAACAAUCGCAGGAGAUUGGGAUUGGUAAGGAGGUGACCGCGAGGGGCGGGGGCGCGGACUGGCGCAGGUUCCGCGCGCUCGUCAAGUGCGUGGGCGGGGACCCGGAGAUGCUCGACGUCCUGUGCCUGGGAGCCGAGAAGAAAUCGACGCGGCGAUCGUCUCGUAAAAACGACACAGCCGGCGCUGGCGACGACCUCGACCUCGAUCUUGACGAGAAGGAGGACGAGGUAGGGGACGUCGCGCGGGGACGUAAGGGGAAAGGUAAGAAGGGGGGUAAGUCUGCGGUAAAUUCGUCCGAGGGCGCCGACGCCGGCCCUUACCCCGGGUACGUUCCCCCGAGGCUCGGCGCCGUGUUGCUCUUCCAGCACUCCGUCGACGUGCUCGCGGCGGACGCGGCGGCGAGGAUCGCCGUCUUCGAGCGGAGGGUCGCCAUGCAGAACGAGGUGGACGCGGCGGCCAAGUCGUCGAACGUGCAAAGGCCGAACGAACCGACGCCGUCGAGGCUCGGGCGACCCUCCGUCCCGUCAAGUGCCGGGGCGUUCUCCCCGGAUAGACCCGUGCCCGAUUCGCAGGACAGCGACGUCGUCCCGGAAUCGCCCGACGCGGGGGUUGGGACGCAGUCGCAAAAACAGGCGCCGCCCGUCGACCUCAACGCGCGGGGUAACUGGGCGCUCGGCGUCCUGCAGAACUCGCUGCUGUACCGCCUCGUGGGCCUCGCGCCCACACCCGCCGAGGGCGCGGCGCUGAUCCGGGACGUCUUCGAGCUCGCCGGUUUCGCGGCGGAGAACGCGUUUCGACGUCACGCGGAUCAUUCGUCCGCCAUCGGCCGCCAACCCCCGUCGGAACCCCCGCCCGGGUGCGAGGACGCGGGCGUCGACGCUAUCGGCGCGAGCGCGCACCUGUUCCUCUCGAGGCUCGGCGACCUGCUCGACCUCGCGGAGCCCGCGUCUGGAACGUCGGACAGGAGGCUGACGCAGCUGAGGCUCACCGUGGACGAGGCGGCGGCUAAGUUUUGGAGGUGCACCGGCGGGCUCAUGGGCGCCUCGUGCCCGGAGGCGCUGAGGGAGACGGAGGCGAAGCGCGCGUUCAUGGCGUCGAUGUGCGGCGGCGCGACGGACGGCGGGACGACGUCCGGCGCGCGAAGGCGGCUUCGGCUGGUUCGCUCGGCGCUGCGACAGUGCGUGGUCGCGCGGCAGGCGCCGGGGAUCAUGAUCGCGGGACUGGGACGCGAGAAGGACGGCGAGGGCGCGCGGGAUGUGUUCGAUUACGUCGCGAGGGACGCGAAGACGGCGAUCAAGUCGCAGAAGAUCAGCGAGGGCAGCGCCGAUUUCCGCGAGAGCGUGGGGCGCCUCGGUCUCAUGAUCGGCGCCGCCGCGCAAGCCGCCGCCGCCUUGUCGGAUCCCGGGAAGCGCACGUACGAGGGUUCGCUGAGGGCGGGGGUCAAGGCGUUCGUGGCGGAGGCGAUCGCGAACGACGGGUUACGGCCGGAGAUCGCGGCGUGCGUGACCGCCGCCAUCGGCACGGUGACGGCGGCGUGA